ACUUCUCGUAGCGGGGGGUGGGUGGCUGUGUAAUAACUUCCGGUUUGGUUUCACAAGUUCGUGAUCAGCGUAAACAUGACCGUCGCGUCUGUAUGCAGGCGCUUUAUUGCUGGUGUUUACGCGAAACGUUUGGUAUUAACUACAAAUGGGCGAAUUGUACCGAAGCCAUUUCAGAUCUCGGAGGAAUAUUUUUAUAAGCAAAAUGGCACUAAAAAACUGCAUAGGCUGGUACACAUUACGGUCAGAACAUGCUGAUAUGGGAUGUCGAAGAUGUGCCCCCAAGGGGCCAGUCGACUGUUUUCCCGACACGACAACUGCAUUAAGAUCAUCAUAGAGGGACCAGUUCAAGAUGCACAAUGCUUCAUCAACAUGUCUCAGUCUGUCCAGUCCCCUGAUGCACCAAAGAGACCACUUCACCCAUUUGUUAAGUUUAUGAAGGAGAAGUAUUCAGAAGUUCAAAAGAAUAAGCCAGGUGCCAGAGUUGGUGAAGUAGCCAAAAUUGUAAGUCAGCUAUGGCAUGAACUAGGCCAAGAGGACCAAAAUGCACGCAAGUUACAAGCACAAGAAGAAUAUCAGGACUACAAACAGAAGUACUUGGUGUUUUUAGAUGGACUCAGUGAGGAAGAAAAAUCUCAACUACGUGCAAAGAAGGCAUAUCGAAAAAAAUUGAAAGACAAACAAGAGUUGUACAGUCUGGGAAGGCCAAAGAAGCCACUUAAUGCAUACUUCAUGUUUAUGAGAUCUCAGCAUGAACGGCUGCAUUAUAAAGAUCUUGCAAACCACUGGUACAUUAUUCCCCCAAGCGAGAAAAAGAUACACAAGGAAGGCGCCAGGGUAGAAAAAGAAAAAUAUGACAAGGAACUAGCAGAGUGGGAGGAGAGAAUGAUAGAAAUUGGCCGUGAAGAUGUUAUUCGCACAAGUUCUCGCAUCAAAUUCAAAAGAGCUUCAAAAAUCCUUAAGUAGCAAAGAAAUCCUCCACAUCGGGAAAAAAGGCAAAAGACUGCUACCAGCAUGUGGAAGGAAAACCACAAAUAAGUGCUAAUUGUAAUCAGUGCUUGCUGGGAAGAUGAUUGUAUGAAGUUUUAUUUUUGUCAUGCUGUUUCCUUGGUUUUAACAAGUGAAAAUGGCAGAAAAAAGACCAUGUGUUAUGAAUUUCAUUAAGCUAGCUAAUUUCCUGUUUCAUCAAACUUAAGUGUGAGUGUGCUCGCACCUGCACAUGUGUGUGUGAGCACACACGCUUGUGUGAUAAAUGUGAACUGGAUCUUGUAGAAUGAUGACAAAAAGUUUACUUGUGUUGUAUUAUGUGUCUGUAUGAGAAUGUAUGCCUGCCCUUGUGAGCGAAGACAAAUUUCUGUCCUGGGUCUCCUGGAUAGACAAUAAAGUCUGUUUUGAUUUUGAUUUUUAUGAACAGUAGGAAUGUAUAUACGUAAACAUUGUCAAUUUGAUUGCUUUUGAAAUUGAACAUUACCUUGAAUGCAUUAAAAUGUGUGCUUGGAUAAUCGUACAAGAACUCCCAGCAAUUUUAUUGCAAGCCUAUUCUUGACUUUAAGAAUUUUAUCAUUGUCCUGGAUAUGAAACUGUUAAAUGGUUUGCUGAGACCUGACAUCCUACAACUUCACAAGAGGUUUAGACUUGGUUAGAGUUGGUCUCAGCAGGCACCCAGCAGUCCAGAGGUGUACAUCCAUGAUUAUUGGGAGUAUGCCAAGUCAUCAUUUAAUGUUAGGAAAGUGUAGAAUUAACUAAACAUGUAUAUCAAAUUAAAGACCUUCAUGCUCAAAAUCACUUUUCAUAUCUCUUAUAAAUACCUUGAACAUGAAAUUGCAGGGUAGACGUGGUGAACCCACCCUCAUUUUCUCUCAGGGAAUAACUGAUAUAUCAUCCAUAGAUCUCUAUGUGUACCCCUAGUCUAGUAUUCUAAACUUCGAGAUAAAUGAAGAUAACACAUAAAACAGUGAUCACUUGUCUAUUAUUAUCACAAUGCUGAAGGUGAACCAGAAAACAUAUUCUAUAUAAUCACUUGAAUAAAUGCAAAAUAGACAAACUGGGAUGGGUAUAAACUACUAAUAGCAGAAGGUGUGGGCACCUGGUAUAGAUUCCAAACUUUCCCUAACAGAAUUAUUAAAGCUAUUAUUAAGUCUGUCUGUGUCAAGAAAUAAAUGUAUUUAUAGGUUAGACAUGGUGAAGCCUAUUAAACAGCUAUAAAAACAAGAAACAUAAAAAUAUGGGGUGAAAUACAAAACCAUAGACAACAGAAAAUAAUACCAAAUGCAAGAAUCAUUACAAAAAAAACCAUGAUUCUACAAGCCAAAUAGGAAGAAUGGCCCAGGUUUACUGAAUCUUUACAUUUAAACAUCCCUAUCAAGACUUGCUAAAAUCCACCAAAAUUUGGUGAUAACUGAGGGUGUGUAGGGGGUGGGUGGCAUUGUUGGGAAAUCAACCAGUUUCAUACCAGUAACUGUGACUUCAGUCACCGAUAAAUUCAAUUUCAAAUGUUAAAAUAAACCUUUUACAAACUAUA